AUGGAGACCGAUUUGGAGGCAGCGGAUGCCCUGUUGUUUUCAGGGAAGUUCAACGAAUGCGUUCACUUGUUGGAUAAUAUUUCGCUCCGUUACAAGCACCCGGAUGUGUACUGGAGGCAAGCCCGAGCUGUCUACAUGCAAACUUACGGUGGCCCUGAAAAACCACCAAAGCAUGAACUUCGGGAGAGAUUUACUAAUGCAUUUAAUCUGACACUAACCGGGUUAGAAAUGGACAAAAAUAAUGCAAACUGUCUUAUACUCUCACUCUUAGAAGGGACGAGUGCGAGAAUCAGGAGUGCAUUCAGAGUGCGGGAUCUGUGGGAGAAGGCACUAGAGAUCGACCCAAGUAAUUACCUGGUGUACAAUUGCCUUGGCGUCUGGUGUUUUGAAGUAGCGGAUGUGUCCAGUGUCAAACGAGCUAUCGCAAAGACAUUCUUUACUUCUCCGCCAAAGGCCACAUAUGAAGAGUCUCUGAGGUACUUGAACAAAUGCGAAGAACUAGCACCGAAAUUUGUGAUUGGAACGCUGAUGACACUGGCUAAGUGCCACGAAAGAUUACAUAAUGAUGCUAAAGCUAUUGAAUACUGCCAUGAUGUAUUAAACUAUCGAGAUGUCGGUAUAGAAGUCAGCAUGGCUAAAAUGGAAGCCAGAAAACUGUUGAAAAAGCUGACAGCUGAUUGA